CUGCAGGAGCGGGAAGAGACGGGCGGAAGCGAGCCCCGGCCAGGCUCCAGAUGACAUUGCGCCUGCCAGGGCCACCCACUUCCUGCCCUCCGCAGAGAGCUCAACUCUGAGCUACCGAAGCUGAUCUACAAAAGGUCUUGUACCUUUUCCACUUUCAAUUUGGGUGGCAGAUCAUUCCUUAGGAAGGUGGAUCUUAUACCUGAAGAAAAUAUAAAAGAAGGGAAUUUCCUGACCUUACCUCUUUUCUGAUUAUACCUCACAGCAAUGUCAUCAUUAAAGCUGUUCAUUUUCUUGAAGCUGAUGAUAACACUAGUUCAUGCUUUCAGUAGAGCUCCAAUACCCAUGGCAGUUGUUCGAAGGGAGUUGUCAUGUGAAAGCUACCCCAUAGAGUUGCGCUGUCCAGGAACUGAUGUUAUUAUGAUUGAAAGUGCCAACUACGGAAGAACAGAUGAUAAAAUCUGUGACUCAGAUCCAGCUCAAAUGGAGAACAUUCGAUGUUAUCUUCCAGAUGCCUACAAGAUAAUGUCACAGAGAUGCAAUAAUCGGACUCAGUGUGCUGUUGUGGCUGGACCCGAUGUAUUUCCUGACCCCUGCCCAGGGACCUACAAAUAUCUAGAAGUUCAGUAUGAAUGUGUUCCUUACAAAGUGGAACAAAGAGUGUUUCUUUGUCCUGGAAUCUUAAAAGGAGUUUAUCAGAGUGAGCACUUAUUUGAAUCUGAUCACCAAUCAGGAGCCUGGUGUAAAGAUCCUUUGCAGGCAUCUGAUAAAAUAUAUUAUAUGCCAUGGACUCCAUAUAGAACUGACACCUUAACAGAGUACUCCUCCAAAGAUGACUUCAUUGCUGGACGACCAACUACAACUUACAAGCUUCCUCAUAGAGUAGAUGGUACAGGCUUUGUUGUUUAUGAUGGAGCACUGUUUUUUAAUAAGGAACGUACACGGAAUAUUGUGAAAUUUGACCUUAGGACAAGAAUUAAAAGCGGAGAGGCUAUUAUUGCAAGUGCCAAUUAUCAUGACACCUCUCCUUAUAGAUGGGGUGGUAAAUCAGAUAUUGAUCUUGCAGUUGAUGAAAAUGGACUCUGGGUUAUUUAUGCAACAGAACAAAAUAAUGGGAGAGUAGUGAUUAGUCAACUUAAUCCAUAUACUCUGCGGAUUGAAGGAACAUGGGAUACAGCAUAUGACAAACGAUCAGCAUCAAAUGCCUUCAUGAUUUGUGGGAUAUUGUAUGUGGUAAAAUCUGUAUAUGAAGAUGAUGAUAAUGAAGCAACUGGGAAUAAAAUUGAUUACAUAUAUAAUACUGAGCAGAAUAGCGAUGAAUAUGUAGAUAUACCAUUCCCAAACUCAUAUCAAUACAUAGCUGCUGUGGAUUACAAUCCCCGGGACAAUUUACUUUAUGUUUGGAACAAUUAUCAUGUGGUGAAGUAUUCUCUGGAUUUUGGAAUCUUGGACAGCAAGUCAGGUCACAUAUCUUACAAUGUCCCCUCCAAUCAUAUUGAUUCCACUAUUGAAUCCUUAUCUCGAGAUUUAUUUCCCACACGUCAGUAUAAUGGAGCUAGUACAUCUGUUUCUUCUACAACUUACCGGAUUACAACUACGAGCACGGGAAAACCAACAUCUAUAUCAACACUGUCCCAUAGAAACAUAUCUACGUUACCUCCAUCAACUGAAAUUCCUGUGGAGGUCACUACACGGUCCACACCUGUUUCAUCACUUUUGCCUGCAGUUGGCAUAGAGAGUUGUGAGGCUAUAGCAGCACGUGAGAUCAUGUGGUUCAAAACUCGACAGGGUCAAACAGCAAAACAGCCAUGUCCUUUAGGAACAGUUGGUGUGGCAACAUAUACAUGCAUUGCUCCAGAUGGUGUAUGGAAUCCACAAGGACCUGACUUAAGCAACUGCUCAUCUCCAUGGAUUAGUCAUAUUGCGCAAAAGCUGAAGUCACUAGAAACGGCUGCAAACAUUGCAAGGGAGCUUUCAGAGCAUACAAGAGGUCGGCUCAAUGCUGGAGAUAUUACCUAUUCUGUUCGAGCAAUGGAUCAGCUGGUGGACCUACUGGAUGUCCAGCUAAGAAAUUUGACUCCAGGUGGAAAAGAUAGCGCAGCCCGAAGUUUAAAUAAGCUGCAAAAGAGAGAGCGUUCAUGCAGAGCAUAUGUCCAGGCAAUGGUUGAAACUGUUAACAAUCUGCUACAGCCACAAGCAAAGGAGGCAUGGCAAGAUUUGACAGAAAGGGACCAAGUGCGAGCAGCCACAAUGCUUCUAGACACAGUAGAAGAAGGAGCCUUUGUAUUAGCUGAUAAUCUCCUAAAAACAGACAUUGUAAGAGAGAACACAGAAAAUAUCCAACUUGAAGUUGCAAGACUAAGCACAGAUGUGAAUUUAGAAGAUCUCCAUUUCCCACAGAAUAUUGGAUAUGGUAGCUCUAUUCAGCUUUCUUCGAAUACACUAAGACAAAAUGGACGCAAUGGUGAGAUAAGAGUCGCAUUUGUCUUGUACAAUAACCUCGGACGCUACCUGUCCACGGAGAAUGCCAGCAUAAAAUUGGGAACUGAAGCUUUGACAACAAAUCAUACAGUUGUUGUCAAUUCUCCUGUCAUUACUGCUGCUGUGUAUAAAGAAUCAACAAGCAAGUUAUAUCUAACUGACCCGGUGAUGUUUACUGUUAAGCACAUUAGGGACUCAGAGGAUUUUUUUAAUCCUAAUUGUUCCUUCUGGAGCUAUUCAAAAGCCAACUUGUCCGGUCAGUGGUCAACUCAAGGUUGCAGACUAAUAAUGACCAACAAAACACAUACAAAGUGUUCUUGUAACCAUUUAACGAACUUCGCUGUGCUCAUGGCUCAUGUUACAAUUAAGCACAUGGAUAUGGACCAUGACCUUCUUUUAAAUGUGAUUACCUGGGUUGGAAUCCUGCUUUCUCUUGUUUGUCUUCUGAUAUGUAUUUUUACAUUCUGCUUUUUCCAUGGCCUACAAAGUGACCGUAACACAAUCCAUAAAAAUCUUUGUAUCAGUCUGUUUGUGGCAGAAUUGCUAUUUUUAAUUGGAAUCAACCGCACUGAUCAGCCGAUUGCCUGUGCUGUGUUUGCUGCACUCCUCCAUUUUUUCUUCUUGGCUGCAUUUACAUGGAUGUUCCUUGAAGGAGUUCAACUAUACAUCAUGCUGGUUGAAGUUUUCGAAAGUGAAAAUUCUAAAAGGAAAUAUUUCUAUCUAGUCGGUUAUGGGAUGCCUGCGCUAAUUGUAUCUGUAUCUGCAGCAGUAGAUUAUAAAAGUUAUGGAACAGAUAAAGUGUGUUGGCUUCGACAUGAUACAUACUUUAUUUGGAGCUUUAUUGGACCAGCCACAUUGAUAAUCAUGCUAAAUGUAAUUUUUCUUGGAAUUGCCCUUUUUAAAAUGUUUCAUCAUACUGCCAUAAUGAAACCUGAUACUGGUUGCCUUGACAAUAUCAGAUCAUGGGUUAUAGGCGCAAUAGCUCUCCUUUGCCUGCUGGGGUUGACUUGGGCUUUUGGACUUAUGUAUAUAAAUGAGAGUACAGUCAUCAUGGCAUAUUUGUUCACUGUUUUCAACUGUCUUCAGGGAAUGUUCAUAUUCAUUUUUCACUGUGUACUGCAAAAGAAGGUGCGUAAGGAAUAUGGCAAAUGUUUACGAAGUCAUUGCUGUAGUGGGAAAAGUAUGGAAAACUCAGUUGGUUCAACUAAGACAUCAAAUUCUCAAACUCCAGGAAGAUAUUCCUCUGGAACACAGAGCCGAAUUCGUAGAAUGUGGAAUGACACAGUGAGAAAACAAUCAGAGUCUUCCUUUAUUACUGGAGAAAUAAACAGCUCAGCUUCCCUAAACAGAGGAGCCAUGGCUAAUCAUCUUAUUACCAAUGCUCUGCUUCGUCCUCGUGGGGCUAGCAAUCCCUAUAAUACAUUGCUCGGGGAAUUGGCUGUCUAUAACAACCCUUCUGUAAGCAUAUACAAAUUACAAGAGCCCUACAGAGAGACAAAGGGAAUCCUGAACAAUUGCAGAGAUACAAGUGUCAUGGAUACUCUACCACUGAAUGGUGACCAUGUGAACAGCUAUAACAUUGCAAGACAUGAAUAUCUUAGGGACUGUGUAAAAAUAAUUGACCGUGGCUUUAACCACAAAGAAUCUGCCUUAGAAAAAAAGAUUUUGAAGGAGCUCACUUCUAACUGUAUACCUUCGUAUCUAAAUAACCAUGAACGCUCAUGUGAACAAAAUAGGAAUCUAGUAAACAAGUUGAUAAAUAACAUUACCAAUUUAAAAGAGGAUGAUGCAGUCUUUGGUGAUGCUACAUGUUUAACUAAUGAGGAAAUUCUUGCUUUGGAAUUGAUAAAUGAGGAAUCUAAUGCACCAUUGCUACCCUCACGUUCCCACCCUACAGACAGUCACCAGCCUCUUCAUUUUACUAAGAGAAUGAUUCCACCAGAAAACAGUGAAAGUGUUUUCCCUUUGUUACCAAAUGAGCACAUUGAAGCAAUGCAAUCACCUAACAGAGAUUUUCUUUACACCAGCAUGCCAACUCUAACUGGCAUAGCUGUCACAGGAAGCAUUGCAACUAGUACUCAAACAGAUUCAUCGCCAAUCAAAAAUAAGGAUGCAGGAGAAAUAUACUAUAAAAGCAUGCCAAACUUGGGUACCCAAAACAACAUACAUCAACUUCAUACAUACUAUCCACUAGGACGGGGAAGCAGUGAUGGAUUCAUAGUCCCACUGAGCAAAGAUGGGACACCUUCUGAGGAAAAACCAGCUCACCUCGUUACAAGCCUAUAGAAGAUAAAAGAGGAAAAUAGUAAUGUUAACAAACUCUCUUAUGAUUUACAAUAAGAAAUAAUAUUGUAUGUGCUCCUAAAUCUUUAUGCUGUAAGACAUUUUUUAAAAUCACAUUUUUAGUCCUGUGUAUGGGAUACAAAUGUAAUGCUGUUUUCUUUCUGCUUUUUUUUUCUAAUUGUCCCAAAAAGACUUCAUUAUGUUAAUGAAAAUUAUGAAUUAAUGAAAGAGAAAGAAAAAAAAGAGUGGCAAUAUUUGUAGCCUUUAUUUAUUAUGAUGUUAACUGAUAAUCGGAUGAGUUUCUUAAUAAUACAGCAAGAUAAUUUUAAGUGGUGGAUUAACAGUCACAUAAAAAUGUAUCUUUUUCAUCCAUAACUUCCGCAGUUGUUGUACAAUAACAUUGUAUAGUUAAAUGAGCAGAUAAGGGUCUAAAUCAACCAAUGUGUUUGCUCUAGAUUUCUGACAUAUAUACAGUGAGAAAUUUGGCAUUCAGUCAAAAUGCCAUUUUAUGAAGCCCCAUGUCAUGUUUUUCAAACUUGCAUGUGUGUCAGAAAAAGUGUUUAAGGUUUCAUGGAGUUUGACUUAUUUACUACUUAUCUUUGCUACUUUCCUCAUUUGGGCUCAUCAUUUUCCAGAUUUUUGCAGUUUAUGAGCCAAGGCCAGAAGUGUGUUCAAAAGUAAUGGGAAAUAUAAAGGAAGAAUUUAUUCUAGUAAAUUCACUUAUGGCUUUGGCCCAAAAACUUCCCCAAAGAAACUUCCACCCAUAGAAUACAGUCAGAAAGUGCUACAUCUGAUUUGGAUUGUUAAACAGAUUUGUAAAUUACUUCUAUUCAAAAAUCUUAACUCUUCCAAUAAUUAUCAGCUGCUGAAUUUGAGUUGUUAUUUUCUGUCUGGCAACAGUGCUCUCUGCUGACAUCUCUGCUUGUCUCUGGAACUGCACAGAGUAGAAGAGGUUUGCUAUGGGUAAUGCUUCUACUCUGGACAGUUCCUGAGACAGGGGUCAUCAGAGAGCACUUAGACAGAAAAGAACAACUCAACUUCAGCAGCUCAUAAUUACUAAAAGGAUUAAGACUUUUUAAUAGAUGUAAUUUACACAUCUGUUUAACUUUCUGGAGCCAGUUGAUAGUUAUAUCUAUAUAAAAAGUUUUUUCCUGGAUAACCCCUUUAAAGCAGUCCUUGAUAGGGGACCCAUUCCAGGUUGCUUUUGUCCCUAUUUUAAUGAGUGGUAAGAUAUGGAUAUGAAUUGUCUCCACAACUGCUAAAGCAAAUGAUAGCAAACAAGGACAUCAGAAAAAUGGGAUUGUGUCAUCAGGUAGGUAGCAGUAAUUUGGUAUUAAGUAGUAACAUUUGAAAAAGGAGAGAGAGAGAGACUUGAAUGUUAGCCCCAUUGUGAACAAGGACUGGUGAAUGAUGACAAUCUUUGUUUAGCACUACAAACCAUGUUGGCGCUAUAUAAGCAAUCCUCUUUCCUCUAGUUCACCAUCAAUUUUAAAGAAUCUCCAUCAUUUUGUUCUCACAUUGUUCAUUUCAGUCGACAACACAAGCAAUUCAUUCCAACUAUCUACCACUUUUAUAAAAAUCAUUUUUAACCUGCAAACGUGUUGCUUGCUCUUUUUUAUUGUUACAGGUGACAAAAUGUUGCUAUGUGAAAAAUGAUAAUGGAUCCUAAAUAAACAAAAACUCAGUCCUCAAAAUGAAUUAAUUUUCGAAUCACAUGCUAAUUUGAUAUAUUUGUGAUGUGCUGUAUUAACCAACUAUACAAACAAAUUAAAUGAAAAGAAAACUAAUAGCAAAAAUGUAAAGAUGUUAUGUGAUGUGCAUUUAUUAUCACUGCAUUUCUAAUGUAUGCUUUUCUUUCUGAAAGUUGUGUCCCUGUUAAUGUAGUAGAAAAAAAUAUACAUUUUUUGUUCC